AUGAGGGAAGAGAUUUGCGAACGGGUGCAAGAUAACAACGAGCAUAAUAAAGAGAGCAUGGCGGAGGCAAGCGAGGCGCUCCGGUUUGUUGGAGGGGCUGCCUGUGUUUUUCGUGAUGUGUCCCGUUUAAUUGAGGAUAACCUCAAGAAGGUCGAGGACGCUAGCCGAAUCUGGGAAUGUGCAGUAAGGAAAAUGAAAAGCAUGUUGGACCAUAACGCUCGGACCGUGAAAAACAAUGACGAUGCAAUAUACCAGGCGGAGAUGAUCUUGGUCCUCAACGAGGUAGUCAUGCAAGAACAUUGGGCAGAGUUAUCAAAGCACGCAAACGAAAUUCAACUGUUGGAGAAUAUUUUGGAGGUGAUGGACAAUGUGCCGUCUCAGCCGACCCUAGCUGACUCCUCCCAAGGAGACGACUGA